AUGGAAGCCUUUGUUUCUACUAGUGGCCUCGCGCCAUCUUCCAAGCUGUCUCUGACCAUCGCCGUCAUGGUGCUCCUCCUCGGCAUGGCGGGCGCCGCCCACGGCCUGACGAGGGUGGUCGCCAACAGCCCCGACGAGCCGUGCAUGAACAUGACGCUCUACUACCACAACAUCCUCUACAAGGGCAACAACACGGCCAACGCGACGGCGGCGGCCACCAAGCCGACGGCGCUGGCCACGACUUACUGGAAGAACAGCACCUACUUCGGCGCGCUGAUGGUGUUCAACCACCCCAUGACGGUGGGGAGGGCGCUGCGCCUGGCCGGGGAGGAGGAGCCGGCGGCACGCGCGCAGGGGUUCUACUUCUACGAUAAGCAGACGCGGGACUUCUCCGUCGUCGGCGGCACCGGCGACUUCUUUGUGGCGCUCGGCAUCGCAACCAUCCGCACCGAUGCCAUCGAGGGCCUCUACUACUUCCGCCUGCAGAUGGACAUCAAGCUCUACGAGUGCUACGUCGGUACAACAUGCAUGCCCUGUGUGUGUGAACGAAAGCUCGUGUGUGAAUGA